AUGACGAGCAAAUCUGUCAAUACGAGUAAUAGGUCAAUUAAGAGUACCAAUAAUUCCGAGCAUUACAUUGGUAGUGAACAACCUUCAGAGCGUGGAUCUACAAAUGCUACCCGUGAACAAUUACCUGGGCUUGAAAAUGAGCAGGAACCAUUGCUAGGACGUUCUACAUCUGGUAAACCAUCUCAUAGAGCUAUUGGCGUUCAACCGCAACCCAUUCCAAAUCCAAGUGAAGAAGAUGAACGUACAUUUGAUUUUGAGUCACAGUUCCAAAGAAAAUUAUUUGGGAUUCAUAGACAAUACAGAUUGUUUAUUAGCAAUUCUAGAUGGAUUUUAAAUAUCUUCAUCAUCUUGAAUACCGUCUGGUUGGUGACUACAUUGAUUGGUGACUUUUUCUUCAAUAUUAAUAUCUUUAAAACCAACAAUAGGUAUUGCAGUUUUAGCGAUCUGACGUUAAUAUUCAUUUCCAUCAUUGCCAAUAUUUUUAACCUAUGGUUUAACAAACUGGGUCUUUAUUCUUCGUUGGAUUAUGCUCUCAAUAUUACGCUAUGCGUAUUAACAUUGUUCAAUUUGGGACUAUUAUAUCUGGUCAGUUAUACGAGACAAAGACUUGGAAUUGCAGGUACUUUCACACAUUUAUGGGCAGCCUUUUCCUUUUUCAUUGGUGUUAUCAUCGAUUGGUAUCUAUUGAGUUAUAACAGUCAAUUAAACAAACCAUUUAACGAGGACGAAGAACAUAGUGGUGACAAUCAUCGCCGUGGAAAUGCUGAUUUUGCUUCUUCAGGGAAACAUACUUUGACAGAAUGGAUUUACAUUGGAGUUAGGAAUUUAGUCAAGUGUGCCAUCUUAGUUUUCUUCGUUCUUUUCACUUUGAAUACGAUGUUGUCAACUUUGGAUAUCCAUAGAGUUUCUAAAAAUUCAGCUGAAGUAGAUGCAGAGGCCGCCUCUUACAAUGCAUUUCAUUGGGUUGAUAAGGCACAUACUUAUAAAUUACACAUCGAAUGUUAUGGUGACGUGUUUGAUAAUAAAUCACCAGAAGAUGGGGAAUCUAGACAGCCUAUUCUACUCUUUGAGCAUGGUGGAUUGGAUACUGGUUAUUUAUCAGCAUCAUGGAUUCAGGAACUUUACCAUUUGAACAAAAUUGAAAGAUAUUGUACUUAUGAAAGACCAGGAUACGGAUUAAGUGACUCUGCACCAGCGCCUAUUUCUAUCGCAAUGGUAGCAGAUGCAUUAAAAUAUGCGCUUUUGAAUGAGGCUAAGAUUAAGGGCCCUUUUGUCACUGUAGGUUACGAUUUAGGCGGUUUAUUUACUCAAGUUUUUACCGCCAAGAAUCUAGAUAUGGUAGAUGGAAUGAUGUUAGUGGAGUCAUGGCAUGAAGAUCUGCUACUGAAGAACUACUUACAAAGAUUACUACCACCUUCUCGUGAUGGUAAUAAAGACCCGGAUGAUGUAAGUUGGUUACCACCAGAAAUUGCAAGACAUAACGGAUUUAAGAUUUUUUGGGACGGUCUAUGGUCAAGUUGGGGCCUAAAGCUUCAAACUUCGUGGUUAUUUGCACAUCAUGGCUCUAAAGAGAGAGUCCUUGGGCGUGACAUGAAGUACCAAGGUAAGUUCCUACGUGCCAAAUUUUUGGAAAGUGUGACCAGUUCCCUAUUAAGUUAUAAGGACGUCUUGAGUGCCAAAGAAAAAUUAUUAGACGUUAAAUUAAGCGUUGUUAGCUCUAGAGAAUUAGUCAAAAAAUCACCUCAAUGGGGUAAUUGGCAAAGAGAAUUAACCAAAAUUUCUGCUAAGGCCAGAGAAUGGAAAAUUGUGGAAGGUGGACAUGACGUCUAUAAAUAUGGACUGGGAAAACAACAGACGCAGGACGUUUUACUGAGGCUGAUUGGCGAACAAGAAAUGCGUUGA